UGCAAUUGUUUUAAGUAAUGUUGAAACAAGUAUUCUAACAUAUUAUCUGUUGUGUCCGUGCAUCAUCUGGAUAUUUUUAGAUCAUUGGUUCGUAAAUUACUUUCACCGGAACUCCACACAAAAUACCAAAAACAGAAAUGGAAGGCGACGAUUUGGAAAGUAUUCGUGCCCGCCGCAUGGCAGAGAUGCAGUCCCAAUUUGGGCAGGGCCGUGGCGGUGGGGGUGGGGGUGGAGGCCCAUCCCAAGAGGAGCAGAUGGAGAAGGCAAGACAGAUGGAUGACAUGAAACACAGUAUCCUCAGUCAGGUGCUCGACCAGCCAGCUCGAGCCAGACUAAACACCAUAGCGAUGACCAAACCUGAAAAAGCAAAAAUGGUAGAAAAUAUGCUGAUACAGAUGGCUAAGAGUGGUCAGCUCCAAAGCAAGAUAGGGGAGGACCAGCUGAAAGGAUUACUGGAGAGGGUCAGUGAGCAGACACAAAAAAAGACAACAGUGAAGUUUAAAAGAAGAGUGCUUGAUGACUCAGAUGAAGACUGAAAAUUUUUGAAAGUAAAUUUGUAUUGUUGAAGAGGCAGGAAGUGUUGUAUGACAAGCUGUGUAUACAAAAAAUGUAUGUUACCAGGUGGCCUAUCAGGACGACUGAACAGUGUUUUAUUCCUAUGUGUAUUGUGCUGGAACAAGGAAGUCAAAAUUAUAUCACACAUAACCAGGUUGGCUCCGAGGUUCGUUGAUUCUUGAGUGGAUAAAUGGUAUCAGACAAUACUCCUGUGUUCACAGUUCUCUGCUUAUAAUUGUCUAAAAUCCAGGUACCAAGUGCGGAAUGAAUAUUUUCCCAGUGUUGAAAGCAUGGUCAGCUUGAAGAUGAUUUAAUUAAUAGACAUACUUUGUACAUAUCUACUUCAUAUUCAAAGAUUAUUACAGGCAUUAAUUAGCUGAACCCAAGAAAUACAACUGUAUUCAGGUGUUUUGCCAGGUGUUUAUAGGGUCCAGUACAGGGACAAUUCCCGAUUGAAAAUGACCCUGCAUUUUCCCAAUUUCAGUCUUUAUUUUCCCUGUUGGAUUAAAAGGUAUGAUUACACAAGUUUCCAGUCGUUACAUGUGCAACAUUUUAAGUAUUACCAUCCAUGAAGGAGCAUUCAAAAUACAUAACAAAAAUUGAAAAAUUGAAAACAAUGAAAAUUGAUGGAUUUAUUUAUAUCUAUACAUUUUACUGUAAGAAACAGACAGAAGAAAAGUUUUUGCAAAUUACAUUGCAGGUUUUAUUUUCCCAAACCUGUACAUGUGGGAACACUGAUGAUAUUUCCCAAUUUUUGCCAAAUGCCGAUGAUAUUUUCCCCAAUUCCUGCUCAGGGGCCCUUUACUAAAAUAGCUAACAAAAACCCUGGCCACAAAUAUGUGUGUCAAUUUUCCUGUUACUUAUUUUCAUAUGUAAUGUCUCAAACAAUGACAUAGGUACCUUGUCAUACACUGUAGUCCUGUCUGUUGGUCAAUUUUUGUACUAGUUUCUUUUUGUUCCACAUUGUUUACUGAGAAAACAUAGAAGACACUUAUUAAUUCACACUGUUAAAUUUAUUGUAAUAAAUAGAAAUAUUAAAAAUUUAAAUUAUAUAAAGUACAAUAUCUUUAGAUAUGAAAUUGACACAGACAAACUUUGUAAUCAGCAGUGUUAGCUUGUGAUAUGUGUAGACAUCUAAUUAUAUGUUAAUAGUAUUGUCUGUAUACAGAACAAUACCCUGGUACGUGUACAGUACAAAAACAUUGUACGUGUUAGUUUGAUGUUACAUACAUUUGUAGCAUAGUGUGAAUUUGCCCGUUUUCAACUACCAGGAUGAUACCUGAGCUAAUUCUAAGUAUUAAUGUCGUAAGACGAGGCAUUGUAUACAUAUAUAAAUUUAAUUUGAAUGGGUAAAAUAGUUCAUCAAGAUAAACAUACUGUACUGGGUGCUUUUAUACAUGGCUUUACAGCAGAUUUUAUUAUGUUGAGUUGUACACAUGAUAUAUAUGUAGACAUUAUUAUUUAUUUCCUAUAGUGUGAGUCGAUUCUGAGUAGAUUACUGAUGUAUUGAAGAAUACAUUCAUGAGGAUAAAUUAUCAGUUCUGAUGCGUUAAAUACCUCAUUUAUCCCACAACUCAUAUCUGAAACAAAAUCUGGCUUUUGCUUUUUUCUGCAUUCUUGGUUUGGGAGAAUAUAGUGUAAGACAUGAUAUUAUGAUUUAGGUGAAAUUCAGGUGAAGUGAAGCCAUUUCACACUGACAUAAAAAUAUCGCCUACGAACUGGAAACAAUAAAACACUACUAAAUUGACUAUAUAAGAGAAAGUUACAAAAAUAAUAAUUUCUCUAAUUGAAAUUGAAUGGUAUUUGCGAGAUAUAUUGUAGGCUACAUAACAUUAAAAAUCCAACGUAUUUUCUCAGCGAUUCCAAAGUUGCCAUUACAUUUACCAUCUGGCUUUGUAAACAGAAUUAUUCACUUCAACAAUAAGAUUUCACAAUGUUUUAUAUCCAUUUUAUAUUCCAACAACAGCAACAAAGACAUAGGACAACAACAACAACAAACCCAUUAAAUAACUCAUCAGGCGUCUGUUUUAGGCCCCUGGUCUCUUGAUGUUCUUUUGAAAUAGAAACAUUCUUGUACUAUACAAAAACAAGUGGUAAUUUUAUUAUUUGUUUAUUUCUAGAUUAACCCCCAUCACCAGUACCUAUAGCAAUAAUUGUAAUAUGUACCCUUGUGUACAUUAUUACGUCGUAAAAAAAAUAUUUGAAAAUAUCAGCAAGGAAGAAUUAUCUCAAGAACGUGUAGAGUGUAAGCAGUAUAUAUGUACUGUAACAAAUAUUUCUUAAAUUUCAUAUUUAUGUCAUAACAUGUUUUUCUUUGAUUUUAUGAUUGUACAUGUCAUUACUUGCUUCCCUGAGACUUGAUGAUUAUACAUAUACUUAUAAUAAAGUACAUUACAUAUUGUGACUGAUGAAGUGGAAUAAAUAUAUUCUAUAAGUGUAUACGAAGUAUACAUUUUGUGAACACUGUAAUCCUUAUAUCAUGUUUUAUCAUUCACUACAGGUUUAGAUAGGUUUGUAAAAGUCCUUUGAAUUUGAUACCAAAAAGAAAACAACAGAACUAUUUGGAAGACUUUCCUUUGUGCCUUUGUCAGACCUUUCAUUUUUACCUGUCGUGGUGAAUAACUGGAGUUAUUAUUGAUCACGAUCUUACACCACCCAACCACCAACAAUUUAUAAAAAAUAGAUACAAAAAAUUAUUAACUAAGUGAUAUUGUGCCCCUGACCACCUGACAUACCGACUCCUGGUAAUGGUGUCUGAUAAACAGGUGCCCCUGACCUUUCAUGUACACUCUCCACAGCUAACAGUGCUGUUGGCAAGGGAGAGCCAGGAAGGGGCGUGCGAGAGUCAAAACUGAAAGUAAACCUGAAAACGAAAGGCUGCGAAUGAAGGUUUGUUUACUUAAAUACCGAAAACACAUUAUUGUUUGUAUCAGUUUGGUUUGGUUUAAUUUUGUUUAACGUUCUAUUAACAGCUAAGGUUAAUAUUGGAUACACACUAGAAAUGUUUAUAUAAAGUGUUCAGACAGGACUAUUUGUGUUUGAUAAGGAUACAUCAUCUGAGCAAUCCAUCUGGCCGCUCCUCACAUUUUUGUUUAAAAGUAUCUCCCCAGCGACUCUUCAUUUUAUGUCACAAACAAAUACAUAAAUUUGAAUUUGACGAGGAAAUUCGACCAUUGGCUGCCCGAAAUUUAAGUUUGCAAAAUCAAAAUAUGACCGAAGCGUUCUUGGAUAGUGAUCACUACAUAAUGCAUUUCAAUCAGCGAAUCGAUAGUGAUAGACGCCAUAACCACUUGGCCCACAAACACAAUAGAAAAAUCGAAAUCGUACCGCUUGGUAGUAAUUCGUCCUGAUUGGUACGAUCAAGGAGUGGUAGAAGCAGAAGAGUCUGUAGUGUAUUUGAUUUCAAGUUCAAGAGGGUAUAAUUUAAGUGCGGAUUUCUUUUACAUUACAGUAGAUUCACGGAAGUAGAUCGAAGCCCGUGGUAUGUACAUGUGUAUAUACAUCAAGCAAAAAUCAAUUCCAACAAUUAAAAAGUUCUAAAGAGGUGAUAAAAACGUUGCCCUCGAACAACAUGAUUUAAUCUUAGGAAACGAAACAAAAGCGUGUUUCCUACAACAUUGGGAAUAAAUACAUAAUAUACUGUACAGGC